AUGGCGACGUCGCGGGUGGCCGCAGCUCUGCGGGCCGCCGCUGCGGGCAGGAGGCUGCGCAGCCCCCGAGGCACAGGGGGCGCCCGGCGGCUGAGCUGCUGCGCGCGGCGGUGGGCGGCAAGGGGCGUCAGCCCGGGGCGCCGGCUCAGCAACGCCUGGUCACGGAAGGAGGCCGAAGGCGGCGCCCAGUCGCCCGCCGCCGAGGAGCCAUCGGGGGCGCCGUCCCCCGUGCCCCCCAUACCCUCCGAGCCCCAGGCCGGCCGCUCGCUAGUGCAGCGGGACAUCCAGACCUUCCUGAACCAGUGCGGGGCCAGCCUGGGGGAGGCGCACCACUGGCUCACACAGUUCCAGACCUGCCACGACUCCGCGGACAGGCCCUUCGCCGUCAUUGAGGUGGACGAGGAGGUGCUCAAGUGCCAGAGGGCCGUGUCCAGCCUGGCCUUCGCCCUGGCCUUCCUGCAGCGCCUGGACAUGAAGCCGCUGGUGGUCUUAGGGCUGCCCGCCCCCACGGCGCCCUCGGGCUGCCUUUCCUUCUGGGAGGCCAAGGCUCAGCUCGCGCAGAACUGCACGGUGCUGGUGGACGAGCUGCGGCACAACGCCGCCACUGCCGUGCCUUUUUUUGGCAGCGGGUCGGUGCUGUGCGCUGCCGAGCCAGCCCCCGACGCCAGCUACGGCGGCAUCGUCUCAGUGGAGACAGACCUGCUCAAGUGGUGCCUGGAGUCGGGCAGCAUCCCCAUCCUGUGCCCCAUAGGGGAGACAGCCGCGCGCCGCUCGGUGCUUCUCGACUCGCUGGAGGUGACCGCGUCGCUGGCCAAGGCGCUGCAGCCCACCAAGAUUAUCUUCCUCAAUAACACCGGCGGCCUGCGCGACAGCGGUCUCAAGCUCCUUAGUAACGUGAACCUGCCCGCCGACCUGGACCUGGUGACCAACGCCGAGUGGGUGAGCGCCAAAGAGCGGCAGCAGAUGCGGCUCGUCGUGGACCUGCUCAGCCGCCUGCCCCACCGCUCCUCGGCGGUCAUCACCGCCGCCAGCACGCUGCUCACCGAGCUCUUCACUAACAAGGGGUCCGGGACUCUGUUCAAGAACGUGGAGCGGAUGCUGCGAGUGCGCAGCCUGGACAGCCUAAAUCAAGGCCGCCUAGUGAACCUGGUCAACGCCAGCUUCGGCAAAAAGCUCCGGGACGACUACCUGCACUCGCUGCGCCCGCGGCUGCACUCCAUCUACGUCUCUGAGGGGUACAGCGCAGCCGCUAUUCUGACCAUGGAGCCUGUACUGGGAGGCACCCCGUACCUGGACAAAUUUGUGGUGAGCUCCAGCCGCCAGGGUCAAGGCUCCGGCCAGAUGCUGUGGGAGUGCCUGCGGCGGGACCUGCAGACGCUUUUCUGGCGCUCCCGGGUCACUAACCCCAUCAAUCCCUGGUACUUCAAGCACAGUGAUGGCAGCUUCUCCAACAAGCAAUGGAUCUUCUUCUGGUUCGGCCUGGCUGACAUCCGGGACUCCUAUGAGCUGGUCAACCAUGCCAAGGGGCUGCCAGACUCCUUUUGCAAGCCAGCUUCUGACCCAGGCAGCUGA